AUGCGUGUGCAAAUGUGCAGGCCCGGGGGGGUGGGGGGCUGUGCUGGCCCCGGCCGGCCCCGACGUGUGUCCGCUUUGCCCCCAGAGCCGGUCGGGGAGACGCUGUUCAAGGACGGCAAGAGCCAGGCCUGGGGGGCGCUCAACCCCGGCGUCCAGAAAGGCAGCGGGCAGAUCCAGCUGUGGCAGUUCCUGCUGGAGCUGCUGUCGGACCGUGCCAACCUGCACUGCAUCGCCUGGGAAGGCGCCAAUGGGGAGUUCAAGCUGGUGGACCCAGACGAGGUGGCGCGGCGCUGGGGCGAGCGCAAGUCCAAGCCCAACAUGAACUACGACAAGCUGAGCCGGGCGCUGCGCUACUACUACGACAAGAACAUCAUGACCAAGGUGCACGGCAAGCGCUACGCCUACAAGUUCGACUUCCAGGGCCUGGCCCAGGUCUGCCAGCCGCCCGCCCCCGACCACACGCUCUACAAGCUGCAGGGCAACCUGGCGCCCCUGCCCUUUCCGGGCAUCUCCAAGCUCAACCUCAUGGCAUCUGGUGUGGCCGGGCCUGGCUUCUCCUACUGGCCCAGCUCGGCCCCCGCGCUCUACCCAGGGCCCGGCCUGCAGCCGGCUGCGCCCUUCGGCUCCGUGGCGGCUUCCCAUCUCAACAACGUCAACAACCACUACCCCUAGGGCCCUGGGGGGUGGGCGGGGGGCGGCCUGGGGGCUCAUCCUCACCAGCCCCCUGUUUGGGGCCAGGGGGGUCUUUGGAGCUGCUGAACUGGGUGCUCCAAGGGCAGGGGAAUGCCCCCAAGGCCCCUCUGGGAACCCCAGUGGCUGGGGUCUCCCCCAGCCCCUGCCCAGAUGCCCCCAGCACCACAGGGCACAGUCCCACUGCCAGGGUUGGAGGGGGCCUGGGCUGGGCUGGGCUGGGUGGUGCCAGGUGCUGGGGAUGGGGCCUAGGCAGGGCUAGGACUUAGCAGGCCCGGGCUGGGGAGGGGCGGCUGGCUCCUGUGGAGCUCCCCUGCCGCAGCCUGGCCGGAGCUGGGGAGCACUGGGGGUGGGGGGUCUGGGGCCAGGCUCUGCAGGCUCCUUGAAGCCGGUGCCCCGCACCUGCCGCUCUGCCCUGGACCCCCCCAUCCCCUCCCCCAGCUGCUAGCACCAGGGUGAGCCUGGAGCCGCAGGGUGACAUUCCCCAGCCUGCCCCUUUUUCCCCCAGCUACGGCAGCCUGGGGCUUGUGACCACCCCAUGCCAGGCCCUGUCCUAGGAGUCCUGGCCAGGAUCAGGGCCAGCAAGCUGCUGGGGGAGAUGGGCCAAAGGCCCCCAGGCUGGGUGUGCUAGCGGGGCAGAGCUGGGGCUGUGCGCUGUGGAGAUGUCCAAUAAACUGGAG